AUGGCACCGCACGCGGGCACAACCACGUUCCCUUCAAAGACUCAAUCGGCUAUCCAAGGCUCCAUGCCGUCGGUCCUUGAUACGGGGUCAGAGAUAGCCCUGCUACAGGAAAAUCUGAACCUGCUUUCAACCGUUUACAGAGACCUCCAGAAUCUGUGCACAUGGUUCUACGCCCAAACGCCAGUUGAAACAUUCUCCGAACACAUCGACACCUGUGGCUUGAUCGAAGAAGACGUACAGUCUAUCCAGGAUUCUUUGAACAGGCGUCGCAAACUCGGGGAGGAGGAGUGGAACGUUCGAUCUGCCGGAUGGCAUGAGAAGUAUUCUCAGCGCCUCUACUCCCUCAGACGGUGGGGUUUACCGUUGUUCCGUUUGUGGGGCCAAAAACUGAUGCUUGGAGGUCGCAGAACGCUCGUCCGCCUCCUGGCUGUACGACCCACGGUUGAACGACGAAAGCUAAAGCCUAGCCACAUCACACUCGUUUUAGAAAAACUACAACACCACCACCUAAAACUCUCGGAUCUAUCUAAAAAGUUUGCUGCAUCUCUUGAGAGACUACGUCUCCGACACAUUCAUUACCUGCUAACACAAGCACACGAGGCGGCACGUCAGAAAACUGAGGCGCGUCGAGAAGACCAGGCGACUUUUGAGCGCCAUUGGUACGAAGACAAGGCUAUUCGCGCGGAUUUGAGAAGAGAAUUCUUCCAGGCAUAUCGGACUACUAGACAGCCUUCGGCUCAAUGA